GUUCAUCCCGGAAAAGAGCCGCCUGAAGGCUGGGUCAAGAUUUAAGCAGAACAAGCCAAUUGUGAUCGCGAGCCGGAACGGCGCGAUCCGAAAAGAGGGGAAUUCCAAUGGGUUUCACAAAAACCAUCACCAGGCUGGCACCGGUUGCAUUCGCGGCUCUGGCUCUGACAACCGGACCGGUCCUUGCCAAGGAAUUCCGGAUUGGCCUGAUCACGCCACCGCCGCAUAUCUGGACCGUCGCGGCUGGUGAGUUCGGCAAGGAACUGAACGAGGCAUCGGGCGGAGAACACUCGGUGACCGUUUUCCCGUCCAGGCAGUUGGGCAACGAAGCGCAGAUGAUGCAGCAGUUGCAGACCGGUGCACUGGAUAUGGCCUUCCUGACCAUUGCGGAAGUUUCCAACAGGGUUCCCGAUUUUGGCGCGCUCUAUGCGCCUUACAUGGCAGAAGACAUUGGCCACGCCGGGCGUAUCCUGAGAUCCGACACUGCCAAGGAAUUGUUGGAUACCCUGCCACAAAAGGCUGGUGUCGUCGGGCUUGGUUAUGGAAUGGCCGGGCUUCGUCAGAUCGUGAGCCGCGAUCCGAUCGAAAGCGCGGAUGACCUGUCGGGCAAGAAGUUGCGGAUUACACCCUUUGAGCCGAUCAAGGAUUUCUACAAUUCGGUUGGUGCCGCGCCGACACCAAUGCCAUUGCCUGCAGUCUACGAUGCGCUGGCGAAUGGUCAGGUAGAUGCGAUCGACAUGGAUGCUGAACUCAUCUGGAAACUGAAAUAUUAUGAACACGCGGAUACGAUCCUCGUAUCCAACCACAUGAUGUUUCCUAUGGUCGGCCUGGUUUCGGCCAAGGUCUGGAAAGACCUGUCCAAGGAAGACAGGGAAAUGAUCUCGUCCAUCAUGGCAAAGCAUCUGGAUGGUGUGAUCGAUACCUAUGUCGAAAAGGAAGCGGGCUGGCUGAAGGACGUUGAAGGCACCGGCAAGACCUACAAGGUCGUCGAUGCGAGUUUCUUUGAGUCUGCCAUCGGCGACUGGGAAAGCACCUGGUCGGAGAAGGCCCCGGCGCUGUCGGAUCUCAAGAAAGUCGCCGAAGACACGAAGUAA